CGCCGCCACGCGUUCCUUCUCCUCCUCCUCCGGGGGAGGGGGGAGGAGCCGAGCCCGAGCCGAGCACGGCCGAGACCAGCCGAGACCAGCCGAGCCCGAGCCGAGCUCGAGCCGAGCUCAGCCGAGCCCGGGGGCCGAGGAGGAGGGCGUCCAUCUAGCCCCGCGGCUGCAGCAAGGGCAGAGCAUGGACAUUGAUGAUCAUGGACAGCAACCGCAGAGGGAGAACAUCUGCCAAACACAAAUAUGUUCCAUCAAGCCCAUUUAAAGGACACCUGAGCACAAAGAGUAAUGCUUUUUGCACUGACUCCUCCUCUCUCAGACUAAGUACCCUGUACCUGAUCAAGAAUCACAUGGCUAUUCACUAUAAUAAAAUCCUUUCAGCCAAAGCUGCUGUAGACUGCUCAGUGCCAAAUAGCAUGCUUACCAGCAUCAAAUAUGUGGACCAGCAGCGAAGAGAGAAACUCAAGAAGGACCUAGCUAACUUCAGUUCUUAUUCAUGUUGUGCUAAAUCCUCUUCACUGCCCAGUUCCAGAAGUGGUUCCAGGACACAUUCAGCCAUAAUUCGUAAGACAUCACUGGACUCACAAGACAAUGAUAAGCGGGUCCCCCAAGCAGAAAAUGAAUGUCCAUAUUCAGCAAGAUCAGACUGUCCUUCCGAGAAACCUUACUUGGGUCCAUCGCAUGCUGAUAAAGUUGUCAGAGGUCAUUCUCGGAAGAUCUGUAGUUCCUCCAUCUCAGAUGUAGGUUACAGGGCUCAGAGUCCCAGGAAGAAGUACUGUGGAGUUUCGUAUAGUCCUUCUGCUGAUAGUAUUCCGAAAACGAAAUGUCCACGCAAUUUUCAGGAUCCAGCGUCCAACAGUGGAGAUCUCCUAGAUAGACACUCUGAACAUUUUACUGAGCGACAACUGCCAUUCACUCCACGUACUUUGAAAUCAGAAGCUAAAUCUUUCUUGGCCCAGUACCGCUAUUACACCCCUGCUCGGAGAAAAAUGAAGGACUCAGUUGGGCAACAGGCGGAAGCAGAAACCCAAACUGAAUUAAGCAGUUUUAAUUCUGGGCUUGAGACAACUGAGAAUGUCCCACAUGCAAAAGUGAAGCAGCCUAGGGCUUCCAGUUAUACCACAUGUGGCAACAUAGAAAAAAGAGCUUCUUCUCAGACAUCAAGGAACAGCUUAACCUGGGACCAAAUUAAAGAUGAUGCUUCUCAGAACUCCUUUUCAAGGGCAACAUCUCCCUCUGACACCCAGUCUUCUACAGUGAGAAAAACCCAGUCUGAAGAAGAACUCCUGUAUCUGAGUUUUAUUCAAGAAAUAACAGAUGAAAUUUUGAAACUUGGAUUAUUUUCCAACAGAGUUUUGGAUCGAUUGUUUGAGUAUCAUAUAUCGCAAAAUAGACAUCAUUUGGAGGAGGCUAAAAUGCGCCAUCUACUGCAUAUCUUAAAGGUGGAUUUGGGUUGCAUUACAGAGGAAAAAUCUGAAAGAUUAAAUGCCAGUUUUGACAACUUUGAUCUGUUUGAUUCUGAAAACUUUUCAACUUCAGAACAAUUAGCAAAUGAAGAUGAAAGAGUAAUGCCCCGUCCAGAAAGCCGAGAGUUCCAACAAGCUCUGGAUUUGUUAUCUGUGGAACAGGAGGAAAUGAACUCUUUCCAGGCCAUCUGUAGUAAAAAGUCUUCUGGAGAAGAUGCAAGUGCGAGAGUAAAUGUUGGAACAGAUUUUGAGCCAUUGGUAGACUCUGAUGAAGAACAGGAUGUUUCACACACUGUAGGACCAGUAUCCUCAGUGAACUCAACUCAGAGUGACUUUGAAAAUAUCAAUGCUUCAGGUGAACUAGGUGAACUAAGUGAACUUGGCAAACUUGGUAAAAGCUUUACUGAACACCUUCAGCUCUCCAAUGGAGAAGAUGAUUAUCAUGAAAAAGAAGAAUGGGCUCCAGAACUCUUUGAAACAGGCACUGAAGAUUAUUCUCGGGAUCUUUGAUGGUAGUUAAUAAACACUCAAUGAAGACUGGAGAACUUGCCAGUCUUUUAUGCUUCAGAGCAAGUAUUAUUCAUUAGUUUAAGUGAUGAGGAUAGUGUUUGUCAGUUGGUCAGCACCUUUGGUCCAAAGACAUGUCCAUCUUUCAGAUGAAUUCCUGGUCCUUCUGGGUCACUUACUACAGCUGCUAAAGUUAGAAGUCUAGUUUUAAGACUGUCUUGAAAAAAAAAACUUUGAUCUGUAAAUAGUGUAAACUAAGGUUAUGUAAUAUAGUAUAUCACAUUUUUAGCACCAAGAGUUGAGCUGAAACUUAGACUAAAGGCCCCAGUUAUAAACUUGGGCCAACAGUCUUGAAUUUAAAAAUCACUAGAAAAUCCCCUGGGCUUUUAUUGAGAUAAUUGUAUAGUGCAGAUGUUUUGAAUGAAUGAAGAGAAAUGUUUUGAUAUGUAAUAAUAAUAAUGAUGGUAUUUGUUAAGUGCUUACUAUGUGCCAAGCACUGUUCUAAGUGCUGAGGUAGAAACAGACUACAGUCAGUUCAGCAGUAUGCCUUUUUGAUUUGGGCUAUUCUUACAAACAGUAUAUCAUGUAAAGGUUUUGAUUACCAUGGUUUGCAGAUAGCCAAAAUAAAUUGCUUCCAAGCAACUCCCAUACAUCCCUGCUCUCUUCCCUGAAGAGAGGGCAGUGGACAGGGGAGUCUGAAGGACAUGAGGGGAGCAGAUGAGCCAUGGAAGACAUGCCUUUGAGUGGAGCUGCAUCUGUAGUCAUGUGGAGUUGGCUGCAGAUCUGGGGCAGCAGAAGAAAGAAGGAGCUCCAUCCCAGACAGGCAAUCAUGAUCUCCGAGAGGAUUACUACUCCUGUUCUUCCUACACCUGCACUGCAAUGGACCAGUAGAGGAGGGUUGGGACAUUUGGGCUCAGUUGUGCUGUUUGUGUGGCGACGGACUGAUUGGAUUUCCUCCAGGUACCAAUUCCACUCUGGCAUCAUCAUAAGGAAGUACAUCUUGGAAUCGGUUUCUCUCUGCAUUUUCAGGGAACCGUGCCGUUGAACACUCUCCAUCUCCUAUCCUCCUUUUCAGAACUCGUUCAUAUUCCGUGAACACCAUGCCUUGUUCUAACCGAUGUUCCAAAACUUUACACUGAAAAGCAGAAUCAUUGAAAACUGUGAAGACUUUCACCUAACACUCUUGGUCUUAGCAAUGAAAAGAGAAUGGAAAAGAAAGAAGCUCACCACAUGUUUGUGCUUCUUACUACAGUUGGUCUUGUGCACUACCAUUGUUCUAAUGCCACAUUAAUUCAAGUUUAAGAACAAAAGACACAAUGCACCAAAGAACAGUUAUGUUCAUGAAGUUUACCCAGCACACUUGUGAUGGACAUUCAGAGCAAAAUUAAUGGCUGAAAAACACUGGGUCACUUCAGCUUGAAACAGUAAGUUGGAUGAUUAUUAUCUGAUGACCCUUUUGUCUGUUUCUUAGUCUUAAGUAUAUAUAAAAUAAAAUCCUUCAGGAAAAUGC